UAACUUUAAUCACACUCCCAACAUACAAAAAAAAAAAACACAUCGUGUGGAACAUAUAACAACACCGCUAAACUUAACAACUCAUUUCCUCAUAAAAACAAAUGGUAGUCUCCCUUUUUAUAGCCACUUCUCAUAACUGAAACCUUUGUAGAGUAAACAUAUUCUAAACUUAAACAUAUUCUUUUUGCAAUUGAGACUUUGGCAACUAGUUUUUACAGAAAGUGAAGGUUCAUUCUCGUUGAUGGGGUUAAAUAUAGAGUAAUAACAUGAUGAAAAGUUUGGCUAAUGCGGUUGGUGGAAAGACGGCAAGGGCAUGCGAUAACUGCGUGAAGAAGCGAGCGCGUUGGUAUUGUGCAGCUGAUGAUGCUUUCCUUUGCCAUUUUUGUGACGGUUCGGUCCACUCAGCGAACCCUCUUGCCUGUAGGCACGAGAGGGUUCGCUUGAAAACGGCUAGUGCCGGAAAACAUCGUCACGCCUCCUCCUCACCACCCCAUCCAGCCACAUGGCAUCAGGGAUUUACACGUAAAGCUCGGACACCACGUGGAGGCAAGAAAAUCCACACGAUGGUUUUUCAUGAUCUUGUGCCGGGGAUGAGCUUGGAGGACCAGAUAUAUGAAGUGGAAGAGCAGCUCAUCUUUGAAGUACCGAUGUUGAAUCCAAUGGGUUAUGAACAAUGCUUAAAAGAAUCUGUGGGAACAAAGAUUGUGUUCCCGAUGAUGCCCGUAUGUUUCAAGAGCAGCGAGGAAGAAGACAACAACACUGAGAGUUGUCUUAAUGGGUUAUUCCCGACCCAAAUGGAACUGGCUCAGUUCUCAGCUGAUGUGGAGACUCUCCUCGGUGGAGGGAGCGAUCGAGAAUUCCAUGCAAUGGAAGAGCUAGGGUUUGGUGAGAUGCUAAAGAUUGAAAAAGAAGAGGUGAAGGAAGAGGAAGAAGUCGCAACAAGAGAAGUGUGUGAUCUAGAUGACGCUAAUGAGACUUCUCCAUUUGAAAUAAGCUUCGAUUACGAGUCCUCACACAAGACGGCAUUCGAAGAGGACGAUGAGAAAGAAGACGUGAUGAAGAAUCUAGUGGACGUGGGAGUGAAUGAGAUGAGUGGUAGGAUUAAAGAAGAGGAGAAGGAGAAGGUUCUUAUGCUUAGAUUGGACUACGAAAACGUGAUUUCCGCUUGGGGUAGCCAUCGAACCCCAUGGACCGCCCUCGAGUCAUCUGAAAUAGACCUGGACAUGCUUCGUCGCCAAACCAAUUCCGUGUGUGAAAGUGGAGGAGAGGCUCAUCAUCACAACCACUUCCGCGGCCUAGGGUUACACAUGAGAGAAGCUGGGGAUGGAGGAAGAGAAGCUAGGGUUUCAAGAUACCGAGAGAAAAGAAGGACAAGGUUGUUCUCCAAGAAGAUAAGGUACGAGGUACGUAAAUUGAAUGCUGAGAAAAGGCCUCGAAUGAAAGGAAGGUUCGUGAAGAGAUCUUCAAUUGCUGCUGCUCACUAGUCACUAAGAAAGAUCUUUAUGAAUAUAUAUAAUUACAGAUAUCCCUGUGCUCUCUUCAUAAAUUUGUUUGUUGCUGAUUUUUGGUGAUUGUUAGCUUUUUCUGCAAUGUUAGAAAGUUUUGCAUGUUUUGUGAGCUACGUAUAUGUAAAUAUAGAUAUUUAUCACCAAAAACUUGAUCUUGUAAGGUUUUGUUUAUAUAGUUCAUGUAACGUGAAUUUUGGUUGCUAUCGACAAAAACAAA